UAUUUAAUAUUGAAAUGAUAGCUAAUUAAAUUAAUUUUUUUAUGAUCUAUUUAAAAAUCGAAUAAUUAUUUUAAAAAAAGCAUUUUAGCAUGAGAAUCACGAUCGCAGUUAUUUUAUCAAAUAUACUCUGUCUACAAUUCUACGAUGCUCAAGAGGCUUCAAGAACGCCCUAUAGACCAGCUUCUACAGCUAUUGCUACCCAUUUUGGUGGAACUAUCAAGAAUGUUCCUGGCUUAAAUGCCACUGCAGAUGCGGUGAGUUUAAGACAGGCUAUGAAAGGAAUAGGUACAAAUGAAGUAACUGUAGUUAAUGUCAUGACCGCUAGAUCUAAUUCGGAUAGACAAAUUAUCGCCAAAGUUUACAAGGACCUUUAUGGAAAAGAUUUGGGUUACAAGUUUAAAUGGGAAUUUUCUUUCCACGCAUUAGAGAUGCUGAAAGACCUGUUGGUGCCUCCGAUAGAUUACGAUGCUCAAAUUUUAUAUUCUUCCAUGAAAGGUGCUGGAACUGAUCUCGAUUCGAUGACUGGUGUGCUUUGUUCUAAAGAUAGCGGUCAAAUCAAGAAAAUUAAGGAAGCCUAUCAACGAAAAUACAAGAAAUCUCUUGAGACUGCCAUUAAAGGGGAUACUUCUGAGCCCGUUUGGAGUUUAUUCCAACAACUAAUCAACAGCGAAAGAGAAAACGCUAUAAAACCUGGCGAAGUUGAAAAAGAUGCUAAAGAAAUCAUGGCUACAGAUCUUAAGCAUUUAAAGCCCAACAACGCACUCUAUCGAGUUUUGACAACCAGAAGCAAGGAUCACAUUCAACAAGUACUCGCUGAAUACCAAAAGCUGACUAAUAAUCCAUUAAGAAGCAUAUUAGAUCAAGAUUUAUCCGGCGCUAUCACUAAUCAAGGCAAAGCGAUUAGGACUGUCAAAAAUUUACUUGAAUGCUACAAUUCUCCUCCAAAAUUCUAUGCCAAGCAAAUUAACGACGCUAUUAAAGGCGGAGGCACCAGCGACAAAAAAAUGUUUAGAACAUUGAUCGCUCGAAGUGAGAUAGAUUUGGAAGAUAUUAAGAAUGAAUUUAAGACCCUGACAUCACAAGAUUUACCAACGAGAUUGAAAAAAGAAUCUUCCGGGACAUAUCAGCGUCUACUAUUAGGAUUAUUGGAGGGAAACAGAAAAAUUAUACCUUAAAUUGAAGAUGAAGACUUUACUAUUUCUUUUUUACUAUCGAAUAAAUUUAUAACUUCUAAUCUGCAAAAUAUUUAUAAUUAUUAUUAUAAUAUAAUAUUUAAAUUAAUUUCUGUAUUAAAUAUCAGAUUGUUAAGUAUAUAUAUAUAUACAAUUAUAUAUAUAUUCUAUGCCCUGAUUAGUUUCUGAAUAAAAUUAAAUUCUAUA